GUUUGCAAAACCGCGGUGCACUCAGGCUCGACCCGCGCCGCAUCCCCCAGCUCCUCUCUACUCUCCCAACUCGCCUUGCCGUUUCCAUGGCUUUCGGGGCCCGGACCAGGCGGCCCCCUCCGCCGCCGCUGCUCCUGCUGCUGCUCUGGGUGACAGGGCAGGCGGCGCCUGUGGCGGGCCUGGGCCUGGGCUCCGACGCGGAGCUGCACAUCGAGCGGCGCUUCGUGCCCGAAGAGUGUCCGCGCACCGUACGCAGCGGUGACUUCGUGCGCUACCACUACGUGGGCACCUUCCCCGACGGCCAGAAGUUCGACUCCAGCUACGACAGAGACUCCACUUUCAACGUGUUUGUGGGGAAAGGCCAGCUGAUCGCGGGCAUGGACCAGGCUCUGGUCGGGAUGUGCGUCAACGAGAGGCGUUUUGUGAAGAUCCCCCCGAAGCUUGCCUACGGAAGCGAAGGCGUCUCUGGUGUGAUCCCCCCAGACUCCGUGCUGCACUUUGACGUACUUCUGAUGGAUAUUUGGAAUUCUGAAGACCAGGUUCAGGUUCACACAUAUUUCAAGCCCUCCAGUUGCCCCCGGACCAUCGAGGUGUCUGACUUUGUUAGGUACCACUACAACGGGACAUUCUUGGAUGGCACACUCUUUGAUUCCAGCCACAAUCGCAUGAAAACGUAUGAUACGUAUGUGGGGAUCGGCUGGCUGAUUCCUGGAAUGGAUAAAGGGUUGCUGGGGAUGUGUGUGGGGGAGAAGCGCAUCAUCACCAUCCCACCCUUCCUGGCCUAUGGAGAGGAGGGAGACGGGAAGGACAUUCCUGGCCAGGCCUCUCUGGUAUUCGAUGUCGUGUUACUGGACCUCCAUAACCCCAAGGACAGCAUUUCCAUUGAGAACAAGGUAGUGCCUGAAAACUGUGAGCGGAGAAGUCAGAGCGGAGACUUUCUCAGGUAUCACUACAAUGGCACACUUCUGGACGGCACCUUCUUUGACUCCAGCUACUCACGGAAUCGCACCUUUGACACGUACAUCGGGCAGGGCUACGUGAUUCCUGGCAUGGAUGAAGGUUUGCUUGGUGUCUGCAUUGGGGAGAGGCGGAGGAUUGUGAUCCCUCCACACCUGGGCUACGGAGAGGAAGGAAGAGGGAACAUCCCCGGCUCUGCAGUGCUGGUGUUUGACAUUCACGUGAUCGACUUCCACAACCCUUCGGACUCCAUCAGCAUCACCUCCCACUACAAGCCCCCUGACUGCUCCGUGCUCAGUAAGAAGGGUGACUAUCUCAAGUAUCACUACAACGCCUCGCUGCUGGAUGGGACCCUGCUGGACUCCACGUGGAAUUUAGGCAAGACGUACAACAUUGUUCUAGGGUCUGGACAAGUCGUGCUGGGCAUGGACAUGGGUCUCAGGGAGAUGUGCGUCGGAGAGAAGCGCACGGUGAUCAUCCCUCCCCACCUGGGCUACGGCGAGGCUGGUGUGGAUGGAGAAGUGCCUGGCAGUGCCGUGUUGGUGUUUGACAUUGAGCUGCUGGAGCUUGUGGCUGGCCUGCCCGAGGGCUACAUGUUCAUAUGGAACGGCGAGGUGUCCCCUAAUCUCUUUGAAGAGAUCGACAAGGAUGGCAACGGCGAAGUGGUCCUGGAGGAGUUCUCAGAGUAUAUCCAUGCCCAGGUGGCAUCCGGAAAAGGGAAACUCGCUCCGGGCUUUGAGACCGACCUGAUUGUGAAGAACAUGUUCACCAACCAGGACCGAAAUGGAGAUGGCAAGGUCACGGCCGAGGAGUUCAAACUCAAAGACCAGGAGACCAAACAUGAUGAACUCUAAACUUGACAUGAGCCCAGUUGGUGCCUGGAGGUGCAUGACACCGAGCCACCUGUUGGAGCAGAACCUGCAGUGGGAGUAGCAGGGUUAUGGGAGGGCGCAUCAUUAGCAAGUCAGAGGUGGGUUGCACAGUACCUGGAGCAUCCCUCAGGGUGGUCCUCAUACCUCGUGAGGACUGUGGGCUGUCCGGGAUGAGGGGUGAGAGCACUGUGGGGCACCCUGGUAUGGAAUGUGUUUAGGAUUGAUUAGAAAGACUGCACUGCCAAUCAUUAUUUUUGGGUCUUCUGGGAAAUUUUGUUCUUACAGGAAAGUAGUGUCAUGUAGCAGUUAGGACCUUGUUGGACAAACCCAAGAAGACGUGUCCAGGGUGUCUGUCUAAGGAAGAUUAAAAAAUUAUUUUUACUUGC